AUGCCGCGAUCAGAUCAAGAUCCAAAUGUGUUUUGGGCGGAUAAUGAUGACAUGAAGCAAAAAACUAUGGCGUAUGCACAGAGGGCAAGGCGUAUUGCCGAAGCUGAGAUGCUGAAAGAAGAGACAACUCAUCCGUGGAAAGAGGUGCCGCACAGCGUAUCAUGCACUUACUAUAUAUAUGAGUUUGAAGGGGAUCAUGUUGGCUUAGAAAAUGGCCCGCCUACGUUUUCUAAUUCACGAGAUGAGUUCAUGUAUUGGGAGAAUACACCAAAAGACGGCACAGCCGAAAAGAGAAACCGACGCAUCAUCAUCUUGGAAGACGUCUCCGCGAGGCUAGCAGAGAUGUUGGGAGUCCUGCUAGACAUCCCUCCAGAGUUUUUCCUGGCACACUGCGACGAAAGCGUGGACCUCAAUAUCAUGGAUGAGCAGUACGUCAAACAAGGCAGCUCGACGUAUUGGAGAGUACCGGCGCCACAAAGACGUUGCCUUCCCAAGGGAUUUCGUGUUGACGGUUUUGUCGACGUCUUUUGUGGAAGUUUUUACCGCGGAGCAGGGAUUCUAGACAAGGGUAACAAUUGGUUGAUGUUUCGUAGUUUGGUAUCUUAUUGGGGCAAGUCGUAUGGGAACGGCUCAUGGACAGCGGUUUUCUUACUAGAUCCUCAGCUUUCUCAUUUGAAUCUAAAUGGACUUGAAUCGGUUGUUUUGGAGGAUUGGGAGCCUGGACGCGAUGUUCUCCGCGAAGUGAUGGCCUACGAGAACGUGCCCAUGGUUUUCAACGACGAUGUGUUUUCAGCGACUUACUUUGCUCACAAUUGCAUUCGCGCAGUGUGGGAAGAGCAUGUCUGGCGACGCGAGCGUCAUUUUCAUGAUGUUCUGGUGGAAGAUAAACGAUUUUACCGGGUCAGGCAAAAAUGGACCUACGAGAGUGACGAGGCCAUCAAGGCGUAUGAUGGCCUGAUGCAGGAGCGGCAGAGCAUCAAUUUUGAUAGCAUGGAGCUACAAGCUAUCACUUGGAAAUUCCGACUCCGAGAUGCUGGUUAUUUAUCACCGGAAGAUGAAAAGUUUCGGCGUAUCGCAACAGAGGAGAGCGGCGCUUGGAGGUUUCUCGAAGACAAGCUUAGAGGGAUGGAUGAAAUCAUCAGCAGUCACAUGGAAAUGUAUACCGUUCGUGCUAAUAUGGAAGAGGCCCGCGAAGCCAAGAUUCAGUCCCGUGAAUCUUACCUGCAAACAGAAGCCACCAACAAAAUGGCACGAAGUUCAGGCCAACUCGCCAAGAUAGCCACAGUUGUUGUGCCGUGCACCUUUGUGGCGUCAGUCUUGUCUAUGAAUGGAGAGUUCGCAGCUGGUGAAAGGCUGUUCUACGUCUAUUGGGCCAUCUCCGUGCCAGUUACGCUUAUACUGUUGUUCUGGGUGAUUGAUAACGAAAUGUCCAGGGGGGUGAAUGAUUGCAAAGAAUGGGUAAAGUCUAUCUGGAGCUGGUCACAAAGCUGGAGGAGACCCAGCCAAACAAUAGAUGUGACGGAGGAAAAGCCAGAGGUUUGA